UUUGUGUAAUGGUUGGUAAGGUUUUUGAUCAAGGAUUUCCAUUGAAUAAAAAGUUAUGGAGGAAUUCAGAAUUAUAUAUUUCUUCAGAAGCAUAAAAAUGUGUUUAAAAAAAAUCUAAAUGUCAAAUUGUUCAUAACUGAAUAUAACGGAAUUAAGUAGUUCUACAGUUAAGAGAUUUUCCUAAAAUUAAAAUAAUUCCUGGGAAGACAUAUUACAGAAAAUAUAUUGAGAACUAAGAUCAUGUAGGGAUGAUUAUAAUUCGUUUAAAAGAGAAAGGAACAAGAAUAUUAUUAUUGUUUUAAGUUAUGAUUCGUUCCGGAUAGUGUUUCUAUUAAUUGAUAUUUUUUUUAAUCAUCUCGAAAAAUCCUUGUUGUGAUCUGUUUCAUGGAAUUAGUUCUUGGAUUACAGAAUUACUUUCUAGCUUAAAUUUAAAAGAGGUUGGUGGUAAAUUAGUUAGCCGCCAAAAAAAAUAAAUAAACAAAAACGACACCCUGCAGGGAAAGAUUUAUGACGAAAAUUCGGUUGGCUUAAAUGUGCCGUAGAACCAGCCGAGCAGGUUAACAUUAUCUAAGUACUGUGGACGUAAAAGUUAUCUUAAUAUCUCUACCAGGAAGAAAAAAAUGUUGUUAUAAGCAAAAAAGAAGAACUUUUAAAGCGUCUGUCAUUGCAGCUUACAUUAAUAUGAUCAUCUUCGUUUGGAUACUUUGUUCAGCUUGGGUAAGUAUGAAUAUUUAUAUGUUCAUUUAUAAAAGGUUUUGAAGAAGUCCUUAUACUACAAACGAUACAUUUACGCUGAAAUCUUAAUUUUUUUAAACAAUUGAAGUUUAACUCAGCACAGUCUACUGUUCAAUGAUUAUGUAUGGGUUCAUGCAAAUGCUGGGUACCACGCUAUAGAAAACAACUUAUAAUUUAAUAAAGCGUGUGAUAGACGAUUAUCCAGCCCCUGCAGACCUUACUCUGUGUGAGAUGUUAAGGAAGCAUCGUCAGCGAACAGCAGUUCACGAAUCCGCACCUUUUUUACUUUGGUCUUUGCACGAAGGCGGGCGAUAUUGAACAGUCUUCCAUCAGAUCUUAUAUGAACGUACAAUCCAUUUUCAAAGUCACUGAAAACAAAUUGAAGGAGCAUCGAAAAUAAAAUUGAAAAAAGCGUUGGUGCCAGUACACAAUCCUGUUUUACUCCGCUGCUAACUGGGAAUAGAGACAGUACCAUUGAAAGUAAAUGUGCAGGGCAUGUUUUUGUGAAAUGACUGUAUUAUUGUGAGAAGUCGUGAGGGACAACCUAUUCUUUGCAGGAUACCGAAAGGGCCUCUUCGACUUACAAAGUCAAAUGCUUUGGUCAGGUCUAUGAACGCAAUAUAAAGAGGCAUAUGCUGUUAGCGACAUUUCUCCUGCAUUUGGCGUAAUGAAAAUAUCAUGUCUAUUGUUGAGCGCCCACUCCUGAAGCCACACUGGGACUCUGGGUAGAUCCGGUUCGCAAGACUCUGCAAUCGUUUAAGGGCAACACAGGCAAAAGUCUUUCCAACUAAGCUAAGGAGAGAAAUACCUCGGUAGUUAUCGCAAUCACUUCGGUCCCCUUUAUUUUUAAACAAUUUUAACGAUUUUGUCGUCUCUAAAGUCCUGGGGAAUGUGACCUGUUUCCAGACACAGACAGAGGAGCUCAUGUAAGGGCUGAAGUAGGAUAGGUUUUCCAUUUUUUAGGAUUUCCGCUGGGAUGCCGUCGAUCCAUGGAGCCUUCCCAUCCACAAGGUAAUCGAUGGCCUUUUCGAGCUCCUGUAAAUUGUCUUUCAUCCAGUUCAUUCAUUACUGACAAGGCAGGAAUAGUAUGCAGAGCGGUCUCAGUGACUACAUUCAUUGUAGAGUAUAGCUCAAGAUAAUGCUCUACCCAACGCCGGAGUUGAUCAUUUGGAUUCUUGAUAACUUGACCCGUCUUGGACUUGAGUGGUGCUAUUUUUGACACACACUAUCACACGCUUGUAAAGAGUUUGGACUUUCGAUUAAAAAAACAGAAAAUUCAUGUAAUGAUGCAAGAAGCACCGUCCCCUCCAAUCAUAUGUAUUGAGGGUCAUAAUCUUUCGGUUGUUUAUCAUUUUACAUACCUGUGAUCCAAUAUUUCUAGUUCUCUCUCCGUUGAUGAAGAGAUAAAUAUCAAGAUUGCAAAAGCAGCAGCAACUAUGGCUAAACUGAAUAAGCGGAUGUGGAAUAAUCUCAAUCUAACUGAUAAAACAAAAAUAAGUGUCUAUCAGUAAUGUGUGCGGAGCACGCUCUUAUGUGGUAGCGAAGUGUGAACCACAAUCAUCAGCCAGGAGCACAAACUCAACAGCCUCCAUCAAAGAUGUCUGCUUUGCAUUUUGCGCAUUCGUUGGCAGGACAGGGUGCCUAACGUGAAGGUCUUGGAACGUGCACACAUGUUUAGCAUAUUCUCCUUUUUAAUGAAGAGGCGCCUUCGCUGGUUAGGUCAUGUACGGAGAAUGGAGGAAGGACGUAUCCCAAAGAUUCUGCUGUAUGGAGAGUUGGCAGAGGAUACAAGACAUAUUGGACGACAGCGCCUGAGAUUUAGUGACGUUUGCAAACGAAGCAUGAGGGAAGCCAAUAUUGAAACAAACGAAUGGGAGUUCAUUGCCGAACAUCGUUCCAACUGGCGAACAGCAGUGUUUGAAGGAGUAAAAAAGACAGAAGAUACCGAAACGAGGCCUUUGAAUCAAAAAGAACAAUUCGGAAAUCAAGAAUUUACCGUGAUUCAAUAUUCUCCUGAGAGAGAUGCGGCCGUGAUUGCCUUUCUAGGAUUGGCCCAGUGAGCCACUCGUCAAAGCAUAGAACUAUAUAGCUACUCCAUCGUGUCACGCAGACGGCAGGAUGCCAUGUAUAAUUUAAUAAAAAAUAAAAAAUAUGUUGUCUCUGCUCACAUUCAACUGCUUAAGAUUACUCUAAAUACGCAAAUCACACCAGGAAGCCGUAUAUCAAGUGGCUUACAUACCAACUGACUCAUAUAUCAAAUGAAUAAUACAUCUAAUUCACAACAUUGGCAACAAAAGCGACAAAGCCCUACACAAGUACUACGUUUAUUGAUAACCAGCAUUUUUUAUAGAACGCACUAAACAUUCGAAAGAUGAAAACAAAACAUAUGAUGACCUUUAUAUAUACAUGUUUUGAAGUUUAAUUCUUUGAAAAAUACACAUACGAGACAAACAUUAAUUAAGGGCUAUUAAAUCAAUCAUUUCCAGGUCAUGCUUGUGACUGAAGCUGUCGUUUGUGCUCCGUCCAAACCAAAUCUUGCUUCGUAUGGGAGCUACUGUAUUUCUAGCUCUCAGUGUCAGACGAACCAUUGCACCGGAAAUAGAUGUGUAUGUCCCAGUGGUAACUACUACCACAGCUGCUCAUACUCGUGUGUACCAAGUAAGUUCCAUUGACAAACUUACUUAGACGAAUAAUGUUAAUUUUUUUAUUUUUUAUUUAAACAAAAUACGAGAUUGUAAAGCUUUAAGAACAAAAUAGUAUUUGCAGUUUUACAACUAUGUGUUAGCAAGCGUAACGUACAUAUUAUAUUUUCAUAUAUAAAGACAUUAAUUGGAUUCAUAAAACCAAAUGAUGAAUAAAAAUAGGAUGAAUAAAAAUAUCUAAGAUUUUAAGACGAAAUUAAGUGAGCUAAUGUAAAUACACUUCAAUCGCAUGCACUAUUCAUUUUCACAAUGUAUUUAUAUUGUCUUCCUUAUUUUUUAACAGCUUUAUACUUUAAAUAUGUUCAUUGGAAACAAUAAAACACACUUAAUAAUAAGGUGUUGGGUUUUUUUCAGAUUGUAACACAACCAUAUAUUCCUCCUACGGCUUUUUGGUGAGUCCAAAUUACCCAAAUAAUUACAAAAACUACGAAAACUGCUUUUGGACUAUUUAUCGAGCCACUGGUCAUGUGCUAUCGUUCACGUGAGUAUCUUUUUUUAUAUUGGAGCCACAUUUAAAAAAAAACUGUAAACAAAAUUAUUUCUAUAAAACAUGGGUUCAAUCUUGAUCCUUUUCCCCCCAAAUAUUUCGUUAUUGUUAAAUUGUAUCCCCUAUAGUUUCCAGUACAAUCACUAUUAAAAUAUAUAAUAAGUUUUCUUCACUUUUCCGCCUUGGUUAUUUUAUUCCCUUCAACAGGAUCAGGCAAAGAGAGGUGAAAUUCAAGUUUAGACCCUAAUUUCUUGGACUUAUCUUUUGACUUCGAGACUGACUCAUUUUAUCCCGAUCUUUAAUAAUACAAGAAUACAAAAAUAUUAUGAUUUCGAUAUAUAAAUUUGAUUAGAAAGAAACUGUUCAUCCUCUGUAAACUUUAUUCAAUUCCUUAUUUCGGGAUAAAAGAUAUGAAUCAUCUGCUAUGCACUACUUUAGAACUUGUCAAAAGCGUGUCAUAUUUCUUAUCCAACCAAAGCUAUCACUUAGGUCAGUGCACACGAAAAUGUGUUUUGAUAUAGUUUGUGAGCCUGGAAAAAUGGUGGAAGAUCAAGAGACUUUUCCGAUUAUGCCUGGGAAAUUAGAUAAGACAAUGUUAGAGAUGGGUUCAAGUAUGGUUCACACCACCAUGAAGUUAGCGACAAAGCAAUGUGUAGGGAAACCUUACUACAAGCCAGUGAAACCAUCCAUCGUUUCUUAGGCUAAAGUUUGUAUACAAUGUAGAGUUUCCAAGACUAAAGCUUGUGUACAAUGCUAGACUUUCUAGCCAAAAUAUUCAUCGUGCAAGGCAUAUCCCAGAUGCAGUUUUAAAUCGGCGUUUGCAUCUUUGUCAGCCGUGUCUUUUUGUCAAUAUUUUGGUUAUGGGGCCACUGAUUCCACAAGCGUGAUUCAUUUAAGCCUAGACUCCCAAGGGGAUUUAAGCUGUUAAUUUCCCCCAUUGUAGGCCAGCUGGAGUCAAAGGGAUGCUGCUAGUAAGUUACUUCAUCCAAUAAAAACUAUCAUUGACCAUCUGUUUAGCCACUUUCAUAUUAGAAGGUGCUAGGUAAAUUGGUCUGUAACUGGAACAAAAUAAUUCAGCAUUCCGUCCUUUGGGAUUUUUAAAAUUGCUGUUUUCGCGAAAUCUUUGGAAAAUUGCUUGUAGCCACACUUCGUUGUUUGAGUCUGAGAGGCGAUUCAUUCACUUCUUCUACCAGGUAACCGUAUUAUAGCAUAUCUUGUCAGGGAAAGAAAGUUGAGUGAUCAGCAAUUUCCCAGAUCGGUGUGCAAUUAAGGCAUCGUCAUGGGAGUCAACAAAACCUUGUGGUAAAUUCCCAAUCGUUGGGAUCGUUCUCCCUAUUGCUGAGAUGAUUUCUUCAAACCCUAGGGCUUUUUUCCAUAGGCUAAUCUGUGUUCGCGGGACUAUCUUUUUUCCUUCUUUGUGUCAUAGAGUUAACCGAUAAGACCUCAGGUUCUAUUUUAAUUAAAUAUCUAUAUGUCAUAUUUUUAACUUUUAUGGACGUUCUCCGAAAUUUAAAACUUAAAAUUUAAUUUAGAACCACGAGUGGUUGUUGAUAAAUUUGUUGCAGCUUUCUUCCUCACUUUUUAGUACAUUGUUCCAGUAAGGGCAGAUCUUCUGAUUUUAAUUAGCUCUCUAGAUAAUUAUCUUGGUUAUUUAAAAGUUACUACAAUAAUUUUUCUUCGAGUUCAGCCUUUGCCAAAUAACUCAAAUCAAUGUUUACCAUUGGUUCACGUUUAGAACUUUAAACAAAAAUAUACUUGUAUUCUGAUUCUGCCCAUGUCUCUUUAAUACUGAUGACCAAAUAUCACUGACUGUAUCUUUAAGAACAUACGCUGAUGAAAGCUGCAAUUUUUUAAACGAGCUUUAUGACUACGCUUUGUUUCUAGGUCGGGAUUCACAGUAGUGUCUCGAGACUGUGCUCAACUGGUAGCUUGACGAUAUUAGUAGCCCUAAUCACUACCAAUAAUUGUUUUCAAAAAACGUUUACAGAAAAAUCUAUAUUGACUGCACUGGUUAUGAAUCGUAACUAGCUGAAUAUGCAACGGUAAAUAUUUGGCACUAUAAUAUGAAUAAGCUUUCCCCUUAGAAGCAUUUCCGUGCAUAGAGAUCAAUCCACGUCACACUUGCAUGUUUAUCAUUGUGACUUUCUCUCAAUGGCACGUACAUUAAAGCUUGACAAGGUUAUCCAGGGGAUGAGCGUUCGUUAACGCCUUGUUCCAUAUAUCCUUUCUUAGCAGGUGCAUCUUCCCGGGGUUGGGGGUGGGGGGGGGGUAGAAACAUUUGCAUCCAAGCUGAGUUGGUGGGGAGCAUAAAUUCCCUCCUCUUCCAUCUUCUGCCAAAUUUCCCUUGGCAAAAAAAAAAAAAUAUUUAAAAAAAAAAAAAAAAAAAAAAUCUUUUUUUUUUUUUAAAAAAAAAAAAAAAAAAAAAAAAAAAAAAAAAAAAAAAAAAAAAUUGGGUACUAGUCAACCAUAAAAAGAUGUGGUAGAUCCUUGCUGUCAGAAUUUCAAGUUUAACAAGCUUUACUUCCGAACAAAAGUUAAAACACUUCUUGAUUUAUAAACUUAAAGAUAUGAUCUGUUCUUACCUCUUUACAUUGGAAGUCAUAUUGAACUACACUCUACAUUGCAUUGCGAUUGUAUUCCUUGUGUAUAUAUUCCGGUGUUUUAUUAAUUAUACAUUCAAAAGAAAGCAAUAAUUUUCUCAUGUCCUAAUUUUUAAUGAUUUAGAUUUAUAUUGAUAUUAUAUGUUGAUAAAAUAAUUUUGGGGUAUAAAGUCUAAAGUCGAUUAUUGUUUAAACUCAGGGUUUUAGUAGUAAACGUUGUGAUCCAACCUUUGAUUUUAAGAUCAAUGAGUUUAAACCAUGCCGAAAUUCGUUUUCGAUCCAUUUUGUGGUUAUAUUUUUACAGUUAGACAAAGUAAAUACAUAGUGACAAUGACUUUUAUAUAACGUUUUUUUUGUUUGUUGUUGUUGUAUUUUUAAACCGAAGGAUCUCAUUUAAAUAUAUAUAUAUAUUUCUUUACAUAAAUAAAUAUAUAUAUAUAUAUAUAUAUGUAUCGCCGUCGUUUCGUGGAGAGUGGGAAUCUGCGGCAUUGGCCAACAGCUGGUCUCCAUAUAUCACCGUCCAGGCCAAGUAGCUGCUGGUGACGUCACUUGAUGGGAAGCAGAGUUUUUUUAUUUAUAAUUUAUAUAUUAUGUUUAUAAGGCAAAGAAGUAAAGAGAAGGAACACUCAACAACUUCGCUUCGCAACAUAGAAUAUAUGAACCAUGUUUCCUGGAUUCGACACCGACCUUAACCUUAAACAGAGUUACAACGUCAGAAAUACUACUGUAAUUGACAAUGAACUCGCCAGACUAAACAUUGAAAUUGCCUACCUCCAAUAGAUCCAACUAGCGGAUAGUGGUACUAUAAAGGAAGGCAGCUACACAUUCUACUGGCAGGUGAAACCCGUAGAUGAACCUAGGCGGCAUGGUGUUGAUUAGCAGUAAAAAAAAAAAUAUCUGCCUGUCUUGAACCUCCUCCAUUGAGAUCAGAGAGGAUUAUGCGACCGCGGAUGUCAUCAUCAGCAGGCAAGGCGAACAAAUGUAAUGUUUAUGCUCAAACUCUUAAUUCGACACCAGGAGAGAAACAUCUAUUCUAUGAGGCCCUGGACAAGAAUUUUCAUAUUUUCUGAAAACCAAAGCAUUAUACAUUUUGGGAGAAUUAAAUGCUAGAGUAGGAGCGAAUAAGGAAGCAUGGCUUUUGUGUCUUGGUUAUCACAGCUGAGGAAGGAUUAACAAUGAUGGUCAACGUCUGCUGUAGUUGUGCUGUUCGCAUGGUCUCUGUGUUACCAACACCUUCUUCAAAUGUAUACAAAUCAAAAAAGUGUCAUGGUGACACCCACGUUACGCUAGUGGCACCAGCUAGACGCCGUCAUCACUAGUGAGGCAUGCAAAUUAAGGAAAGGGGGUGAUGUGGAGGGAGACGCACGAGGAGCUAGCCGGUGUACUUGGCACCCGCAGCUACAAUAUAUGAUAUUCUCGUUACGCCAAAUACAGGAGAAGUGUCGCAAACAGCGUAUGUCUCUUUAUAUCGUUUUCAUAGAUAUGACAAAGGCAUUCGACUUUGUAAGUUCGGACAGGUAUGUUCAGUACCUUGGAAAGAAUAGACUGCCCCCCCCAACCCACAACGACUGCUCCCAAUUUUACAGUCAUUUCUCAAAAACAUGCAGAUCACAGUAACAUUCAACGGCGCUGUCUCUGAGGCGUUCCCAGUAAGCAGCGGAGUAAGACAGGGUUGUGUACUGGAACCGACGCUCUUCGCCAUUUUCUUCUCGAUGUUCCUUCAAAAUGCUUACAGGACUGUGAAGAUGGAGUGUACAUCCAUACCAUAUCUGAUGGUAAGCUAUUCAAUAUCCCACGCCUUCGUGCAAAGACCAAGGUACAAAAAAAUACUUAUCCGUGACCUGCUUUUCGCUGACAAUUCCUCCAUAACAUCUCACACAGCCAAAGGUCUUCAGCGGCUAGUUAAUAGUCUAACAUAUACUAAUAAAGAGUUUGAACUAUCAAUUAGUCUACAGAAAAAAAGAGUCACCGUUUCCCUCUAAUCAUAUUUAUUAAGGGCAAUUAUCUGUCGGGCGUUGAGUAACUCAUACACCUUGGAUCCAGUAUUUUUAGUUAUCUCUCCGUUGAUGAAGAGAUAAACAUCAGGAUCACAAAAAAAGCACAAACUAUGGUUCAAAUGAAUACGUCGGAGUGGAAUACUCUCAAUCUUACUGAUAAAACAAAGCUAAGUGCCUACCACGCAUGUAUGCUGAGAUCGCUCCUAUAUUCCAGUGAAGUAUAUACUACAUAUACCAGUCAUGUGUGGAAACUGAACAGCUACUAUCAAAGAUGUCUGCCACGCAUUUAACGCUUUCGAUGGCAGAGCAAGGUGCCUAACGCAUAAGUCUUGAACAUGCAAAAAUAUUUAGCAUUCUCUCCGCUCUUAGCAAGAGGCGUCUUCGCUGGUUAGCGAUGUAAGGAGAAUUGGAGGAAGGCUGUAUCCCAAAAAUGCUGCUGUAUGGAGAGUUGUCAGAAAGUAAAAAACUUAUUGGGCGGCGACGACUGAGAUUGAUGGACGUUUGUAAAAGGAGCAUAAGGGAUCCCCAUAUUAAUAUCAACAAAUUCGAGAUGAUUGCCGAACAAAGUCCCAGCUGGCAAACAGCAGUGUUAAAAGGAAUCAAUGAGUCAGAAGAUGUGUGAAAUGAAGACCUUGCAACAAAAAGAACAAUACGGAUGGCCAAAUCUUUUAAGGAAUCAAUAUUCCCUUUCGAGAAGUGCAGUCAAGUUUGUCAUUCCAAGAUUGGCGUAGUGAGGCACUCGUAGGCUUAAACAGCUACUCCAUCAUCUCGCGAAGACGAAAGGAUGCCAUAUAUAUACAUUUAUAUUUACAAUUUUGAAAAUAAAAAACAUUUGAAUAUUUAAAUGAUUUUCACUGAAAUAUGCUAUCUGCACAAAAUUAUAUUUUAAUAUUUAAGGAUCACAGAUUAUAACUUGGAAACUUGUUGUGAUACCAUUAAAGUUUAUGGUGGAACUGGACAGAGUUCGCCCCUUAUUGGAGCGAUCUCUUUAAGCAACAACUCUUUUGUCGCAAGUUCAUCAUACAUGCAUAUCGUCUUUAAAACGGAUGGUUCUGUCAUACGCACUGGUUUUAAUGGGACUUUUCAAACACACGGUAAGCGUUGAAAGACCUUAUUAUAAUUUUCUAUUUUUUAAAAUAACGCUUACUCUAUAAGUAAUAAUUACUAGUAGCAUUUUUAUGCAUGUCAUUAAGCAAAGAAGACGAUUAAAAAAAAGUUUGACUUAAGUGGCAGAGAAUGAUUGACCAAUAGAUGGAACAGGUAUAAGAUCAAACGUGUUUUAUUUGAAAUAGAUAAGAUUAUGUGGAAAGCAUAUGAUAAUUUUUUAUUGUUUACAGCCUGUACAACAACAACGCAAAGUACUUAUGGGAACAUUGUGAGUCCUGGGUACCCAGCUUGGUCGAUGAGAUAUGGUUCUUGCAGCUGGUCGAUUGUAGGGACAUCUUCGGAUAAUUUCAUCGCAAUCAGGUACCUAAAAGAAAAACAUAUAUGUAUCCUUGUGACACAAACUAUUAUUUGUGAAACUGCAUUUAUUUACUGUUUUAAUUCUUUAUUAAAGUAAACAAAGAUCAAGUGUAGGUAUUCCAAAUAGGGGUGCUUGCUUCCCCGGGGUUCUUAUACGUUUUCUAAUUAUCAGUACAUUGAUCGUGAGUCCUUAAUUAUUCUGGUUCCUAUACAUGUAAAGGGGAUUUGCAAUGCUACUGCGUUUUGCAUUUAAGAGGAUAUUUCACUGGUUGCAAGGGCUACUUAGUGAGGGUUUCAUGAAAUUUGAGUUGGAAGGCAUGAGGCAGUAGACGCAGCUUUUUCAAGUGUUGUCGCCUCAUUUGUUCCUUUUGGAAGCCUGUUUUAGUCCCUGAUUGUCUUUGGCAGGAAUGUACGGUGUACCAGAACUGCCUGUCAAGGCUUCGUCACUGUCUAGGGGGCAAGGGGGGGAGGGAUGAGUUUCUGUUUAAUGAUGGAGAAAUGGACCAGCUUCUUUUUUAUCUUGUACAUCUCGGAGAGCCUUGAUAAUCGUCGUCGUUCCUCCAAUCAUGAGCAGCCCAGUGUUUCCAGCAUGCUGCAAACACUAUAUUUGUUCCUUUAGCAGUUCCGGACAAUCGCGCUGGCCGUAGCUGGACCGCCUACAACCUAUCGACGCUCUUCUGGAUGAAUCGGUCUUAGACUAAAGAUCCAUAAUCUCUAAGCGGCCGUACAAUGUUUUUAUAUGUUCUGUCAUUCCCACUGAAGUUGCUGAUCUUUAGAUUUCUUCUUAACCUUGGGAAAUCAUUCACCAGCACGUCAAUCUGCUUGCUGUUCUCCAUUUUGGUCAUCACAUCUUCUACAAAUUCAAGGAGCUGCAUGUGUUCAAUGAGCCGAAUAUUCCCGAGAGGGCCGUUGUUAGUUUACAACGGCACAAGAAUAUAGCUGGAGGAUUAAGCGCACGAAGAAGACCUAAAAAAACGCCUUGUGAAAAAAUCCCGAAAAAACUGUAACAAAGACUGAGCAUGUGAGGAAUUGAAAAGAAUAAAGAAAGACAUUCAGAGACCGGAGGGCUUGAAAGCCUAUUGUAAAUUUCAUAUUCUCCCUUGGGAGUUGAAACGACAAAGACGAAAAAGAAAAUAUAAAAUUCAAAUUUAAGUUUUUUUUAAGGUGGAGUGAGAUUUAUUUAAACCAUUCGAAUGAGUGAGCAGAAUCUAUCUAAGAAAAACGCCUUCAAUACUCUCUAUCCAUUGUAUUCACACAGAAAAGAAACAAAAUAUAUGCAAUUGAAAAAAAUGGCAACUGCAAGAGGAGGUGACAGCUUCAUCGGGGAUCUUGCAAAUAUUAAAGAUGUGCAUUUUUUUAAGAUUAACAAUUGAAUUUUUAAAAAAUACAGUCAAAUCUGAUGUAGGCGUGAAAAACAAUGGCGAGAUUCUUCUUAGAUAAAAGAGUUCUUUGUUUUACGAUUUUCUAUUGAUGUAUAAUUUCAAAAAAGGCAAAAUGUGUUUAAAUUUGUUAUUAAGAUAUAAAUAUAUAUUGAAUUCCUGUAAUACAAAAUAUAUUUAUAUUAUAUAUAGAGUUUUUGUUGUGAAUUUAAGAUUAUUAUUUUUUUAAAUUUUGAGUAAAAAAAUUGUAAUUGAUGCGCACGAAAAGGGGUAAAUCUUAAGUAUUUCUCUAGCGUAGUAAUGGUCCCUCAUUUAUAUUCUUAAGUGACAAGAGUGAUAUAAUUAGUUAUAAUUUAGGCUAGUUAUUUUAAGGUAAUGUUUAGAAGGGGGAAAUUAGUUUAGGUGCGUGAAAUGGUGUAGGUUAUGCCUAUCAUAUAUAGCAGAUAUACACUUCUCAAAACUUAAUGAUGUUAGAAACGUAAAUAUUGUAAGGAAACCUUGCUUACUCUCUGCUAACCUUCAUCUAUAUCUGGCAUUCACUAAGGAAACAACUCAGGCGAUAACAUCUGAUGAUUAUAAUCUUGUUCUUUAUUAGGCUGACACUUCGCUUAUACUUUCUCUCAUCUCGCAACUCUGACUCCCUCUUCUUACACCGUCCGAGUUCUCCCUGCUAUCUGCUUCUCGGUCCGGCCGCGUUCUCUCGUCCCGUCCUGAGGUCCCUAUUUAUAGGUCCCUGGGUCUGUACUUGCGCUGCCCCUUUUCUCAGUCGGGUAACGUCGUCCCAGGGAAAUGCCCUGGUCAGAUUGCCGGUACCGCCACAGGCGUUUUAUCCUUCGAUCGUGAUCCCUGGUCAGACGGCCGGUAACCCUGGUCAGACGCCCCCCGGCACCGUCGUGAUCCGAACUCUCCACAAUCCCCGGCGCCGUCGCGGUCCGAUACGCCCCCGGCGCCGUCGUGGUCCCGUCGUGGUCCGAACUCUCCACAAUAUCAUUAUAUUUUACAAGUUAUGAAUUGGGAUGUGAUUUUUGCAAUAGCAGUUAUAAAUUAUCGCGAAAUACCUAGCAUUAUUAUCUCGAUAACAUCGGGUCAUUUAUUCUAGUGUUAUUAUGUUAAUAUCGGUUUGGACGGGUUGAAGGGAUUUUUUCUGUCACAAAAAAUGAUAUAAAUGUUACUAAUAUCUAAUAAACUAAAAUCAAUUGCAAUGUGACUUCACAGGACGAAAUGACAAGGCUUAUGGGUUGUUGAUUUUUUGUAAGGACUAUAAGUUGGUUCCCUAGACAAUAAAUAGCCUCUCUCCACGCACCCGGUAAGCCAUAUACGGAUGUUGCAGCUUGGCACCAGUUACGUCACAUGAGUUGUCGGAAUUUUUGUUGUAUUAACGUGUCCGCGAACGGGACUCUUCCGAGUUUUGAUUCAGAGUUUCCUUCUCUUAGAUGAGAUGCCAUCAUAGGUUAAUGUAUCUCAUCCAAACAGGGAGCUGGUGAAGUUUUAAUGUGCUUGACUUUAUCUUUGGUGGGGAUUGAGUUACAUAUAAAAAGCUUAAGACUUGGGAUGGAAAAUGAUUUUACACCAUUGUGACCAUUCGAAUACUCAGUCACCACAAUUAAAAAUAUAUGUUUCAAUAAAAUUUAUUCUGCUAAAUAAAGGCUAUUUAUUAGACAACAUGCAUUGAAAUUCAUAUCUUUUUUACAAUUAUUAAUUCAGGACUUCCUUUCAAUGUAUUUCAGUUUUCAUGGAUUUGAUUUGGGAGCUUGUUCAACGAGCAAUGUAACAGUUGUUGGGUCCUUGAAUAAUGUUGUAUAUGGCAGUGUUUGUUACACCAACUACAACACAUUAAAUGUGAAUGCCACCACAAACAGAGUAACUAUUCGAUAUUCAGCAAACAAGGUCUCUACAUCGAACAAGGGAUUUAAUGCCACUUACCUCAUAUACUGUAAGAUAAUUUAUUAUAGUGUUUUAAUUUAGUGUAUACUUAUCUUCACUUAAUACUACAUAAUUGUCACCAGUCAAUAGUUUUAAACCUUAUUUAACCGUGCUAAAGUUUUUUUAAUUGAGAUUAUUUAACCUACACAAAUUGUUAAAUACAUUUUAUUCUUACAGCGAUCACAAACAAUGGUAAAUGAAUUUGUUAACUUUACAGCUCUGAGCAAAGGAUUGAGCUGCAAAAUAACAGAUCAAUGCAAAGCUAGCCUCACUUGCCUCAAUGGAGUUUGUGAUUGCAUAUCACCCGAGAUCUUCGAUACAUUCACUGGAAGGUGCACGCCAAGCAAGUUUCUUUCCACAAUCAUUACAUCCUCAGUAUUUUAGUUUUUAAUCUUAAAUAGCUCUGUUUAUUCCACCGAUUAUUUUUUGGUAGCGGAACUAUAAAUAGUGACUAUGACACACACACACGCAUACAAAUAUACACAAACACAAUCAUAUAUGUGUGCUUGUUUGAUGUUUGUACUUGGCUAAUAUGCCUAUACAGGAAUUAGAAUAAUUGCAUUUAAAAAUAUUAAAGUUGAAUAACUAAAUUUAACUAUUUGAUUUAUUAGCCUUAUCUAGAAUAUGUUUUUCGAUUUGAUUUCUGCUCUUUUAAAUCCUCUAUACUCCUUUGCCUAAAAUUAUCUAUGUAUGUUUUUCUGCAUUGAGGAUUGAAUAGAUUUAUUGAAAAUGUGAAAAACGAAAGAGUGUGGAACUUCACUUUUAAUACAUUAAUACAAAAUAAAAGUAAGUAAACAGUCCUUCGUUUUUUUUAACCCAGGAAAAUCGUACGGAAGCCUCUGUGACGGCGCAACAUGUGAAACUUACCUGAUAUGUUGGAAUGAUACCUGUAACUGUUCCAGUAACAAUUACUACCAUGACUCUACAACUAAAUCAUGCAGCGCAAGUAAGUUUGUCUUAGAAUGAAAGAGAAUCUCAACAGAAAGGGGUUGACAAGUGUUAAACUAAGAAAGUGCACGUGGAACAACACCAGACAAACCGAUCAACUAAAAUGAUUUGAUUUAGAAAGCCGUUAUUUUCUAAAAAUCUUUUUUAGUGAUUUUAAAACUAUUUCAGGACUUUCCUACAACAGUACCUGCAGCAAUUACAGCAGCGAAAACCAAUGUCAAAGUAACAUGGUGUGUGUCAACAGCCGUUGUACAUGUCAGAGCUCAGAAUACUACGACGCUGUUUCAAAUUUAUGUCGAAAUAGUAAGUGGCAUGUUUAUCAGUGAAAAAGUGAGUAGCAAGGUUAACAAGGGAAAAAGUAGUAGCACCUGUAUUGGUGAUGGAUUUUAGAAAACUAAUUAUAUAUUACUUUAGGAACGUGGAAAUAACACACACAAAUAUUUCUUAUUUUCCAAUCAACAAAUUCAUAGCAAGAAGAAACUUUAAAUUUUUUGUUUGUUUUUUUUUUUUUCUUUGAUAGGUAAGGGCUAUAAUAAUAUAAUGAAAAUUAUAAUGUAUCAUUUUUUAACCAGGAAAAUCAUAUGGCUACCUUUGUACCAGCGGAACAUGUGAAACUUACCUGACAUGUUUGAGUAGUAUCUGUAACUGUUCCAGUUACAACUAUUACCAUGACUCUACAACUAAAUCAUGCAGAUCAAGUAAGUUUGUCUUAGAGUAAAAAAAAAGAUUCUUAAUAGAAAGACAUUGAUUAGAUUAUAAAUCUGCACAUUGAACAAUGGCAGACUAAACUGACGUGCCCAAAAUCUUUCGUUUCAAAGCCGUCCUUGUCUAACACUAUUUCAGUGACUUUAACACCAUUUCAGAACUGUCCUACAACAGCAUCUGCAGCAUUUACAUCAGCGAAAACCAAUGUCAAAGUAACAUGGUGUGUGUAAACAGCCGUUGUGCAUGUCAGAUCUCACAAUACUACAACGCUGUUUCAAAUUUAUGUCGAGACAGUAAGUAGCAUGUGUAUCAGUGAAACAGCCAGUGGCAGAUGUAACACUGAAAAAGCGAGUAGUUUUAUAACUGUAAAAAAGCUAGUAACGGGUUUAGCAGUGAAAAACUAAGUACUACGUGUAUUGGUGAUUGAUUUUAGUAAGGUAACUAUAUAUUACUUUAGGAACGUUGAAACUAGAACAAAAAACAUUUUUUCAUUUUCCGAUCAACAAAUUCAUAGCAGGUAGCAAUCUUUUUCCUUUGCAAAGUAAGGGCUAAAAAUAUAAUAAAAAUUACAAUGUAUUAUUUCAAGAAAUCUUACCACAUUUAGACGCAACUGUUCAGUUACUAAAUAAAAUUAAAAAUGUGAUUGUGACGUGCUUCUAUCUAUUUGAGGUUUUAUUUUAAUUUGCAUUGCAGAAAUAAAAUUUAAAAAAUCUAAAAAAGUUAUUUUACUUCUAAUAUUCCGCAAAACCAAUUUAACAACACUUAUUUUUAUAAUUGAAAUAAUCGCAAAAUGUAAUUAUUAGGAAUAGCAUUUGAUUAAACAAAAAAUACAUGAAUAGAGCGAUGCCUCUCGAAGGUCUAAUUUUUGCCAAAGUACUUCACAACGGCCAGCACAAAUUUUUCAUAUGCAUUAGUUUCCUGGUAAGCAAUGACAUUAAAAAAUAUUAUUUUUCUUUAAAAAUGUCAUCUUUUGAAUACAAAAAAAGCUCACGUUAUAGCAAAUAGUCUUUAUAAAAACUAAUUUCAAGUAAUCUUUUAUGUAAUACCGCCCUUAUCUGUAUGAGAUUGGUAGGACAGUUUUGUAAUUUAAUGGUGAGAGAAGAAAUAUUAUCUAUAUAUUAUAUUUUCUAGGAAAGUCCUACGGCAGCUUUUGUACAAGUAGCGAACCAUGUGAAACUUACCUGACAUGUGUAAGUGGCAUCUGUAAUUGUUCCAGCCCUUCUUAUUACCAUGACUCUACAACAAAAACUUGCAAAGCAAGUGAGUUUUAUUAAAAUACAUUUAUAUACGACUAAGAAAAUAAAUACUGUUUUUGAUAAUUUAAUUUUUUUAAAAAUAUAUAUAAAUUUAUAACUUAUUAGAUUUGUAUAAAUGACAGUGAACAGAUUUAAUACUGUAAGGUCCUAAAGAUUUUAAAUUAAUUUUAAACUAUUUCAGAACUCUCGUACUACAGCAUUUGCAAUAUUUAUAGCAGCGAGAACCAAUGUCAGAGUAACCUUGCAUGUGUCAACAGUCGCUGUACCUGCAGCAGCUCACAAUAUUAUGACUCGGGAUCAAAUUCAUGUCGCAGCAGUAAGAUGGAGCGUUAUGAAUGAUGAUUUUUACUUGACUUCCACUUAAUGUAUACACAUAAUGAAACAUUUAAGAAGCUUUUGCUAAAAGGACUCUUAAUUAAUGGGUUCAUUAAAAUGGAAUUGUAUGCAAUUUAUUUGGACAACAAAUAAAAUGUGACCCUCUUAAACAAAUUGAUCUCAAUAUUGUGUAUGAUCAAGUUCAGCAUAGAUAAAAAUGUAGCAUAUAUUAUUAAUUCAACAAUUCUGAAAACGUAUAUACAGGAUUUUCCCUAUAAUGUGCACACAAAUAAACAAGAAGGUUUUUCGACGAGUGAGUAGGCCACAUAUCUCUUUCUAUGUAUUAAGCAUCGAUUUUUUAAAUUUCUCCCACACACUUUAGUGAUUGGUCCAUCCACCGAAUAGAUAUGUUUGAAACUAUAAUUAUAUAGAUCAUAUAGUAAAUAAAAACGAAUUUAGGGCCUCCGGCCCCAAAUGGAAUAUAGUCAUAAGAUUGUAAUACUUUAGAAACCUACUUAUUUUUUCACAUCAAAACUGAAAUGGUGCUCUUUAUAUUUGAUUAUAUUCCAGCCAAAAAUGGAUUAGCAUUGUUUGAAAUUAUAUUUAUAUAGUUAAUAUAAGAAAAAGCAACGUUAGGCCCCAGGCCCAAAACGAAACAUUUUAAAAUGUUGCACUAAUUUAGAAACCAUUUCGGCCGGUCGCAAUUCAUUUCACCAAAAAUUUAUUGCAAGAUUUAAUGGUAUAGGAAAGCAUACGGAGAUUAUAUUAGCAAAUGUGAUCUGACGUGAUGUGCUUCUAUCUCUUUGAGGUUAUAUUCUAAUUUUGAAUAGCUGAAAAAACAUUAUUAAAAGUUCUGUUUACUUUUAAUAUUCAGGCAAUCCAAUUCAACAGCAGUUAUUUUUAUAAUUAAAAUAAUCGCCACUCGACAGAAAUGUUUAAAGGAUGUUAUUAUUAGGAACAUCAUUUGAUUAAACAAAAAAUAUACGAAUAGAGCGAUGCCUCUCGUGUGUCUAUUUUUUGCCUAAGUACUUUACAAUGGUCAGCUCUAAUUUUUCAAAUGCAUUAAUUUCCUUUUAAGCAAUGACAUUAAAAAAUAUUAUUUUUUUUUAACAUUUCUUGUUUUGAAUACAAGAAAGCUCACGUUGAAGCUAAAAGUCUUUAUAAAAAACAAAUUUCAAAUAAUCUUUUAUUUAAUAAUGCCCUUAUCUGUAUGAGAUUGAUAGGACAAUUUUGCAAUUUAAUUGUGAGAGAAGAAAUAAUCUCUAUAUAUUAUAAUUUCUAGGAAAGUCCUACGGCAGCUUUUGUACAAGUAUCGAACUAUGUGAAGCUUACUUGACAUGUUUAAGCGGCAUCUGUAACUGUCCCAGUGCUUCUUAUUACCAUGACUCUACAACAAAGACUUGCAAAGCAAGUGAGUUUUAGUACAAUACAUUUAUUAAUAUAACUUAGAAAAUAAAUAUUUUUUUAGAUAACUUUUUAAAAAAUAUUUUAAUAUUACUCAACUUAUAACUUAUAAGAUUUGUAUAAAUGACAGUGUAAAGAUUUAAUACUGUAAUUUUCUAAAGAGUGUUCAUUAAUUACAACAAUAUUUCAGAACUCUCGUACAACAGCGUCUGCAAUAUUUAGAGUAGUGAGAACCAAUGUCAGAGUAAUCUUGCAUGUGUCAACAGCCGCUGUACCUGCAGCAGCUCACAAUAGUAUGACUCGGGAUCAAAUUUAUGUCGCACAAUUAAGAUGAAGCGUUAUCAAUGAUGAUUUUUACUUGACUUUCACUUAAUGUAUACGCUUAAUACAAUUUUUAAAAAAGCUUCUUCUAAAAAGGAUACUUAAUUUAAUUCGUUCGUUAAAUUGGCAUUGCAUGCAAUUUAUUUGGAAUACAUAUAAAAUAUGACCCUCUUAAACAAUUGAACACAUUGGUAUGCAUUAUAAAGUUCAGCAAAAAUAAAGAUGUAGCAUAUAUAAUUAAUUCAACAAUUCGGAAAAAGUACAUACCGCCUUUUCCUGUAUGAUGUGUACACGAAAAAAUUAGAAGGUUUUUCGACGAGUGAGCAGGCCACAUAUCUCUGUCUAUGUAUUAAGCAUGGAUUUUCAAAAAAAAAUUCCACACACUUUAGUGAUUGGUCCAUCCAUUCAAUAGCAAUGUUUGAAACUAUAAUUAGAUAGAUCAUAUAGUAAAUAAAAUAAAUUUAAGCCCCCCCCCCCCAACUCCGAACGGAGUAUUGUAAUAUGAUUGUAAUAAUAUAGAAAACUACUUAAUAUUUCACAUCUAAAUUGAUAUGGUACUCUUUGUAUUUGAUUACAUUCCAUCCAACAAUGCAUUAGCACUGUUUGAAAUUAUAUUUAUAUAGUUAAUAUAAGAAAAAAAAUGAGGUUAGGGCCCAAGGCCCCAAACGCGAAUAUUUUAAAAUGUUGUACUAAUUUAGAAACCAUUUCGGCCGGGCGCACAUGAAUUCACCAAAGUUUUAUUGCAAGAUUUAAUGGUGUAGGAAAGCAUACGGAGAUUAUAUUAGAAUAGGUCAUCUGACGUGACGUGCUUCUAUCUCUUUUAGGUUGUAUUCUUAUUUGUAUAGCAGAAAUCAAAAAAAAGGAAAAACAUUCUUAAAAUUUAUUUGUUACGCACUGAAUUCUCUUGUGAGAAAUUAAUCUUCUAUUUUUAUUUUUUAUCUCGUUCAAACAGUGCCUAACAAUAAACGAUACCAUAGAAAAAUAAAAUAACAAAAGUACGACACUAAAAUCAGAACCAAUUACAAUUAUUAAAAUUUAAUUCAUUAACAAUACUAUUACAAAUAAAAGAAAUGUCAUUAGAAAUCAUCAACUUACAGUAUGGCAGAUCUUGUACCGGUUCACAGUUAACACAGUUAAUACAAUAUACCAAUGAAUAAUGAUGAAUGAUUAAUGCGAAUAAACACAUAUAAGUACAAAAAGAAUAAUACACUUCUCGUGAAGUUAAAAAUAUCUAUCAAUCUCCAUCCCUCUCUGAGUCUGUCAAUCUUUUAUAUAUAUAUGUGUCUAACGACGCGUCUAGAAUUGCCCUUACUUUUCUAAUACAAUCGAGAACCUUCGACAGGAUACUAGUAAACAUACUAAAUAUGUUUAAUUGGAGGUCGGUAAUAAACAAGAUACUUCAAAGAGAUUUAACCACGCCCACAACAAUCGUUACUGUGUGCUAGGAGUGUAAUACGGGGUCGAAGAAAGUUCAUGCACAGGGAACAAGCGUACUACAUAACAUCUGUUUAAUUGUUAUAUUCCGGAAAACCAAUUCGACAACUCUUAUUUUUAUAUUUUAAAUAAUCGCCUCUCAAUAGAAAUGUGUAUAGCAUGUAAUUAUUAGGAAUAGCAUUUGAUUAACCAAAAAUACAUGAAUAUAGCGAUGCCUCUCGUAGGUCUAAUUUUUGCCUAAGUAUUUCAAAACGGUUAGCUCAAAUUUUUCAUAUGCAUUAGUUUCCAGGUAAGCAAUGACAUUAAAAAAAAAUAAAAAUAUUAUUUUCUGUACAAUUUCAUCCUUUGAUUGGAAAAAAGCUGAAGUUAUAUGAAAUAGUCUUUAUAAAAACUAAUUUCAAUAAUAAUCUUUUAAGUAAUAACGCCUUUAUCUGUAUGAGAUUGGUAGGACAGUUUUGCAAUUUAAUUGUGAGAGAAGAAAUAUUAUAUAUAUAUUAUAAUUUCAAGGAAAGUCCUACGGCAGCUUUUGUACAAGUAGCGAACCAUGUGAAACUUACCUGACAUGUGUAAGCGGAAUCUGUAAUUGUUCCAGUGCUUCUUAUUACCAUGACUCUACAACAAAAACUUGCAAAGCAAGUGAGUUUUAGUACAAUACAUUUAUAUACGACUAAGAAAAUAAAUACUGUUUUUGAUAAUUUAAAUUUUCUUUUUUUUUUAUUAUUAAUCAAUAUAUAGCUUAUUCGAUUUGUAUAAAUGACAGUAUAAAGAUUUAAUACUGUAAUGUCCUAAAGAUUUUUAAUUAAUUUUAAACUAUUUCAGAACUCUCGUACAACAGCGUCUGCAAUAUUUAUAGCAGCGAGAACCAAUGUCAGAGUAACCUUGCAUGUGUCAACAGCCGCUGUACCUGCAGCAGCUCACAAUAUUAUGACUCGGGAUCAAAUUCAUGUCGCAGUAGUAAGAUGGAGCGUUAUAAAUGAUGAUUUUUACUUAACUUCCACUUAAUGUAUACACAUAAUGAAACAUUUAAAAAGAUUUUGCUAAAAGGACUCUUAAUUAAUGGGUUCGUUUAAAUGGAAGUUAUGCAAUUUAUUUGGACUACAUAUAAAAUAUGACCCUCUCAAACAAACUGACCUCAAUAUUGUGUAUGAUCAAGUUCAGCAUAAAUAAAGAUGUAGCAUAUAUUAUUAAUUCAACAAUUCGGAAAAAGUACAUACAGCCUUUUCCGGUAUGUUGUGUACACGAUUAAAUAAGAAGGUUUUUCAACGAGUGAGCAGGCCACAUAUCUCUUUCUAUGUAUUAAGCAUGGAUUUUUAAAAUUUCUCCCACACACUUUAGUGCUUGGUACCUCCAUGCAAUAGCUAUGUUUGAAACUAUAAUUAUAUAGAUCAUAUAGUAAAUAAAACAAAUUUAGGGCCUCCGGCCCCAAACGGAAUAUAGUCAUAUGAUUGUAAUACUUUAGAAACCUAUUUAUUAUUUCACAUCAAAACUGAAAUGGUGCUCUUUAUAUUUGAUUAUAUUCCAACCAACAAUGGAUUAGCAUUGUUUAAAAUUAUAUUUAUAUAGUUAAUAUAAGAAAAAACGAAGUUAGGCCCCAGGCCCAAAACGAAACAUUUAAAAUGUUGCACUAAUUUAGAAACCAUUUCGGGCGGGCGCACAUCAUUUCAACAAAGUUUUAUUGCAAGAUUUAAUUGUAUAACAAAGCAUACGGAGAUUAUAUUAGCAUAGGUUAUCUGACGUGACGUGCUUCUAUCUCUUUGAGGUCUUAUUCUAAUUUUGAAUAGUUGAAAAAAACCAAAACAUUCUUUAAAGUUCUGUUUACUUCUAAUAUUCGCCAAACCAAUUCAACAACGCUUAUUUGUAUAAUUGAAAUAAUCGCUACUCGACAGAAAUGUUUAAAGAAUGUAAUUAUUAGGAAUAGCAUUUGAUUAAACACAAAAUACAUGAAUAGGGCGAUGCCUCUCGCGGGUCUAAUUUUCUCAUGAGUACUUCACAUCGGUCAGCUCAAAUUUAUCUAAGAAGAAUCUUGCAAUCAUUUUUCCAGCCGACAUCAGAUUUGUCUGUCAUUUAAACAAAUGUAAUUGUUUAUUUUAAAAAAAAUACACACCUCUAUACUUCUUGAAAUGUAAUAAAAAAUAUAUAUAUAUUUUCAUUAAAAAAAAAUAUUAAGCCAUCUUCAUUUGUCAAAAUUUCAUUUUCAAUUAUGUACAAUGAUUGGGAUUUGAUAUUCAUCGAUAUACUUAUUUAAAUGUACCCAAGAAUUGUUAACGCCAUAGAUUAUCUUAUUUUGUAAACAUAUGUUUAUUUGUAAAAAGAAAAUGUAACAUCUCUUUUUUCACAAACGUACUAACAUAGAAUUUAAAUACAUUGUCAUCCAGAUAAAAAUAUAAAUAUUCUUUUUCCUUUCUAGGAUAUGUAUGUACCCAAGAAGGUUUAUUAUUUAUCAAAUUAAUUCCAUUUUUUGGACGUAUCUUGUUCUUUCCUUCUGCAAAAUGAACAUACCAAUAUUUAUAAAAAGUGAUUGUAACAUCUUAUUUUUUCACAAAUGUAAUACCCUAGGAGUUAACUCUGUUGUCAUCCAUGUAAGAAUUUACACAUCUUAUUUCCUACCUCCGAAAUGUUUUUACCCAAGAAAAUUAUGUAUUUAUCAAAUUCAUCCCUUUAUAUCUUGCGCUGCAUGGAGCAAAUUGAACAUUUACAUAUUUGUAAAAAGAGAAUGUAAGAUUUCUUUUUUUACAAAUGUAAUACCAUAUGAUUUAAAUAACUUGUCAUCCACGUAAAAAUGUACACAUCCUAUUUGCUACCUCCGAUAUAAAUGUACCCAAGAAGGUUAAAUAUUUAUCAAAAUUAAUUCCUUUAUUUUGAGACGUAUCUUGUGCUGCCUGGGGCAAAGUGAAAAAGCACUCCCCCACCCAUAUUUAAAUGCAUUUAGAUUAUCUUCCACCGGAUUGUAAUCCCUGCCAUACCCAAACUAACAUAUUUUGCACUUCAUAUCGUCCGUUCUUGUUUGUCUGAGGCAUGGGUGCCCGCAGGUAGGGGCAAGGGGGGCACUUGCCCCCCCCCCUGGAUUGAUUGGAUAAAAAAAAAAUUAGACAAAAAUAGACAAAAAAAGUAUUAAAGGAAAGAGAAAAAAAAAGAGAAAGUAACUAAGCUGAUGUCCUAUCCGUUCGCUCACCAUACAAAUACGCUACAGUAAAUUAAAACUAUAUUAAAACAUUACUAAAAAAUUUUUGCCCCCCCCCCUGGAAAGUUAAUUGAUUUUUUUGCCCCCCCCCUAGAAAGUUUUCUGCGGGCGCCCAUGAGGAGUAUGAGGUAUUAUGGACUAGUGAAAACUAUUUACUAUGGAGUUUUGCUGCACUGAUUGAAUUAAUAUGCAUUUUCUUAUUAGAAUUGUGCUUUAAGCUUAGUUUUUAUUAGGUUAUAAAUAUAAAAAAAGUAUAUUUUUGGAAUCAGAAAAGCAAAACAUUUUAAAUGUAAAAAUAUACAAAUAAAAAAUGUGUGUGUUUUAUUAACAAUUUAAAAAGAAAUAAAUUGAAUUUUUUAAGUUUACCUUUAAGUAGGGAAAAUACAUUAUCAGUUUUGUUACGCGUGGUUAUUAAUUUUAAAGAAAACUAAGAGUUUUUGCGAAGUAUGCCAUUCGCGCCAUCACGUCAUUUGCGUUGUUAUUUAGAACAAAUUAAUUAUAAUUAUAUUUCGCAAUAUUAAAAACGCACUAAAAAAAUUACUAAAAACAACUGAUGCAAGGAUUUCCCCGACAAAUGUGAUGACGGUGUGAUUCUUUGAUUAUGAUUUUUUAAAUAUUUUUUUUAUUUUUUCAUAACUUUCAAACACAUAUAAAAUGCUUAAAAUAGUUCCUUAAUUGAUACUUUAAAUGUAUUUGUAAUUUAUAAUAAUAUUACUUUAACUUUUAAUAAAAAUAAAAGCGGAUUUAGAAUAUUUGUGUGUAUUACAAUUUUUUUCCAUUUCAGUCAUAGAAAAUAGCUGUGUUUUUUUUUAGGAAUCCAAACGUACUUAAAUCGUAUAUGCUCUUUGGCGUUAUGUCACGGAAGCUCGUUAUUAGAUAUAUUAUUUUUUUCUAGGAAAGUCCUACGGCAGCUUUUGUACAAGUAGCGAACCAUGUGAAACUUACCUGACAUGUGUAAGCGGCAUUUGUAAUUGUUCCAGUGCUUCUUAUUACCAUGACUCUACAACAAAGACUUGCAAAGCAAGUGAGUUUUAGUACAAUCAUUUAUAAAUAUAAGUAAGAAAAUGAAUACUUUUUUAGAUAACUUUAACAAAAAAAAAACAAUAUGUCAAUAUUACUCAACUUAUAACUUAUUAGAUUUUUAUAAAUAACAGUUUCAAGAUUUAUUAAUGUAAUAUCCUAAAGAUUGUUAAUUCAUUUGAAAUUAUUUCAGAACUCUCGUACAACAGCGUCUGCAAUGUUUAUAGCAGCGAGAACCAAUGUCAGAGUAACUUUGAAUGUGUCAACAGCCGCUGUACCUGCAGCAGCUCACAAUAUUAUGACUCUGGAUUCAAUUUGUGUCGCAGCAGUAAGAUGGAGAGUUAUUGAAAAUGAUUUUUACAAGACUUCUAUUUAAUUUAUUCUUUGAAUAUAGAUGAAAUAAAGUUCAAAAGCUGAACGCUUAAUCUUAUCAAUUUCGUUAUAUAGAAAUUUUACGCAAUUUAUUUGGACUAAAUUUUGAAAUUACAUUGUUAAGCAAAUUUAUUUCAUUGUUCUUAACGAUAAAGAUCAGCAUAAAUAAUGAUUUAUUAUUUAUUAUAAAUUCAAGAAUUAAGAAUAAUAAACUCUUUACAAAUGAAUAUAAUUUUAGUCUUACGGCGUUAUCCUGGAACAUGUACAGAUUCAUUUUCAAAGAGUUUAUUUUUACUAGAUGCAUCUCUAAAUGGAAUAAGAGUAUUAUCUGAUUAUUGUUGCUAUUCCAUUAUUUUAGCUAGAUAGACAGAUAUAUGCUUUCAGUAUUAACAAUAAUAUAUAUAAAUAUAUAUAUAUAUAUAUUUCAAAUUGUACGACAAGAAAUAUCAAACGUCUACUUAUAAUUUAUUUAUAAUUAAUCUUUUAAAUCUAUUAAAUGUACAUGUAAUGCAAACAAAGAUAUCUUCUUACACAAUUAGUUUUGAUCAAUAGACUACGGAUCUGUCAGAUUAUUCAAGCAUUCAACUGAUAAAUAAUUUAAUAAGGGAUUACAAUAAAGGAUUUAAUUUCCAUUAAAAAUAGUAUAUAAUGAAAAAUGUAUUUUUAUAUUAUAUACAGGCUGUACAACAAUAUGAGUUGAACUAUUUUAAAUGGCAUUCCUUUUACAUUUACUAAACCAAAUAAUUAUAAUUCUUUAACUGUUUUAAGGAACGUCUCACGGUAGCAGCUGCUCGAGUGACACGUGUGUACCUUACCUGACAUGUUUAAGUGGAAUGUGUCAGUGCUCAAGUAAUCACUACCAUGACGAUGCUGGGAAAUCUUGCACACCUAGUACGUUUUAUAUUAACGCUGUUGUGACAUGAAAGGUUUUUGUCUAAAACUUAGUUUAACAUGUCAGAAUUUCAGUUGGCUUAAGUAAUUGAUUGGUAUGACUUGUUAUAGGCGUCUUGUUUACAUUUAUUCACUUUUCUCGUGAUUGAACUUUAGCUAACCCCAAGUUCGGUACCGUGUUUUUGGCUGUGGCUAAUUAAAAAUUGUCUCCCUUGACCUUGUUAACAAUUAGAUUAUAUAGUCUGCACUAUCACAAUCCUUUACAAUAUGCUAGCUUGAUCGAGGUGCUUAUACAAUUUGUAAGCCCUUUCUAGAAAAAAAAAUAGCAACAAAGACUAUAAAUACGCAUAGAAGCGAUGGGACGAUAGAGAUUUGCUAUUCAAGACAGAGCUUUGUUUACUAAUAUUUCCCGCGCGUGUGUGUGUGUGUAUGCUCCUUUUUUUAAAUGUUACAUUUUAAAUCAUUGUAUCAUCUUCAACUUUGUACAUGUACAAGUAAUCAUUGUACUGUAAGUCAAUAACUUUAUUUUUUUUGGUUAUAUAUAUAUAUAUAUAUAUAUAUAUAUAUAUAUAUAUAUAUAUAUAUAUAUAUUUUGCUUUUUUAUAUAUAUAUAUAUAUAAAUUUGGGUCAUUUAUAAUUAACUGAAUUAAAUUAUUAAUUGUAAUUAGCCCUAGUUGAGAUAUUGUUUUAUUUAUUCUUAUACUGGGCGUGGCUCGGGAUUUCAUUAGGACCCCGAUCCUGGUGGGACACCGAUCCCAUUUUAACGCUGAUCUCGGCGCAAUCAAGUUUCCAGGUGUGAUCCCAAUCACGGUGUGAUCCCAUUUUCUUGUGGUUCCUGAUCCAGGGGGAAUCCAGAUCCUGGUGGGAUUCCGAUCCGGUCGGUAUCUCGAUUCCGAUAGGAUCUCAUCUUUUUGGAUUCCGAUGGGCUACCGAUCCCGUUAGGAUACCGUUCUCUAUGGGAUCCCGUUUCACCUAGGGACCUUCUUUUCCAAUUUUAUCCUAAUUCACGAUAGAAUCCCGAUCCUGGUUUGAUCCCGUUACCCGAUGGGAUCACGUUACCAAUGGGUUCCAGUAGACAAAUGGAUCUCCCGCCCCAUUAGGAUAUUAUUCCGCUAUGGGAUCAUGCUCAGUGCCAUUCUUUUCGAAUACUCUUUUAGAACAUGUUAUAUAACCCCUUAGAACAAUAUGGAACCUUUUCGAAGAUUCUAGAUUUAAUUAAAAAUGCUCCAUGAAACCUGUACAAAAUUACUUUUCUAAGUAAUUAAUUUACAAAUAUAGAAAUAUUAUACAACUAAUUUUUACUCUUAUAACUAUAGUACAUUUAAAUUAAAACAGUGGCCCCGGUGGGGCCCAUUCAAAAAAGUACCUUUUUUUAGUUAUGUCUGAUAUGGGGGGGGGACGAGGGCUAUACAAAUCAUUCAGAUAAAUUAUAGAAUAAAAUUUAAAAAUUGUCCCAUUAAAAUCGAUUUAAAAUGCCAUACAUAUAGCUUUUUAAAAUUAUCGAUUUUUCUGGAAAAUUCUAGAUUGGAUAUUAUUAGUUUUAAAUCCAGCGAUAUUUCAAUACGGACUAAGAAGCGUAAUUAACAAAGCUAGGCACCGAUCCACAAAUUCACCUAGAACGUAUACCGUUGAAUUACCUCAUUGAUAUCCAUAUAGCUUACAUAAGGAGUAAUGAAUUGGGGCUCCCGGCCCCAGAGAAAUGGAUAUUACGAGUUCAGUACCCUUUGGUAUUUGAAUAUGGAUGAUCAUGUGUAUUUAUCAUAAGUUUGGUCAAGAUCCAUCUAUUCAUGUAGGAGUGUUAAGCCUAUUGAUAUUUUAUUUAGCUUAUAUUAGAACAAAUUAAAUUUGGGUCCCGGUCCCAGAGGGAUGGAUAGUAUGAGUUCAGUACCCUUCGGUAUUUGAGUAUGGAUAAUAAAGUGUAUGUGUACUAAAUUUGGUCAAGAUCCAUCAACUCAUGUAGGAGUAUUUGUUGUUAAUUUUAUUUAAAUAGCUCAUGUAAGAAAAAACAGGAAUUCGGGGCCAAGUUUGGUCAAGAUCCAUCAAUCCAUGUAAAAGCUUUUGUGGAACAAACCCACAAACACACUUUCAUUUAUAUAUAAUAUGAUAUGAUAUAACUUAUGGAGUCGUCUUUUUUAGUGUACUGUCUUUUAACGCGCCAUAUACAAAAAUGAGAGUUUUAACUCUCUAUACUGAUAGCAGUACGUAACAGGCAAGACCAAUAAGCUCUUUUUUGUACCUUUUGCUUGCUGUGGAGAUUAAAUUCAUUUUGGCUCGAUUUGAACCAGACGUUUGAACACUCUUAUAAGUAGAGAAAAUAAUGUCCAAUAAACAUUUAAGUAGCACUAAAAAGCUCCAUGUAAAAUAAAAAUCCGUGAGUUGCAAACUGGAUCGUAUUAUUAAAAUUCAGUGACAUGCCAUUCAAGUAGUUUUUGUUAUGUCACAAAUUGUUAACUGAUGCAAGAAGAAACAGCUGUCUGCCUUAUAAACAGCUGUCUGACUUAUAAACAGCAGUCUGACUUAUAGACACCUGUCUGACUUGACGCAUACAAAAAAAAUUAAAAUCAACAACUUAAUGUCAAAUAAUAUAACUGAUCUGCUUAAUAAAGAUCGUGAGCCUGGGUAUGUUUAAGGCAGCACAUAAUUACGAACUUUAAUUUCUUAACACAUUUUAAACAAACAAAUGAAACUAUCUGGCUUAGAUUAGAGUUAGGUAAAAAAAACAACAACACAUCACCUUGAAUGGAUUGAACCAAAAUAUAUCCUUUUGUUUAAUACAUUGUUUUAGAGAGCCAUUUUGGAGGAAAUUGUACAAACCAGAGCCAAUGCCUGGGUAAUGUGAACUGCAUCAACAAACAGUGUGUGUGUACGCCAGAGCAAUUUUAUAAUCCAGCAUCGAUUUUAUGUCAAAAUAGUAAGUAACACUUGAUCUACGCUUUAUAGUUUUAUUUUGCGUUCAUCCACAUUUAUCUUGAUUAUAUAUGAGUGCCCAACACGAUACUUCAAAAACGUAAUUCUAUUGUCUUAAUUAUUGCAUUUACUUUGAAAAGAGUAUAUACUAUAUACCAAUUUUCAUUAUCUCCGUCGUAAGCAAGAUUUCAAGAAUACUUCUGCUGUUAUAAUUUAAUUAUGAAAAUGUCAAUAUAUUUUGAAUAAAAUAAUUAAGAUGAUAAUUUAUUAAAAAAAAAUAAAAAAAAAUUUUUUUUUACAAUAAAUUAAAGUUAAAGUACAUUUCAAUUUAAAAAUAAAAUUAAAUCCGAUGAAAACAUUUUUAAAAUAUACGUUUACAAUUAGAAAUAAAGGCAUUUCGGCAGUUUAUUCAAGUGCUUUAUUUUAACUUUUGCUUUCCACAUGUAAUUAAACUGAUAAAAUAUUUUAAGAUACUCGCGAAAGUUGGCAUAGAGAGAUAUUUUAUGGUUGAUAAUUAGGCCACACAAUUGUGUACUCUGGCAUAAUGUUCUCUUUUAAGUCAUUUUAACGAAUUUAACUAAGAGGAAAAAAAGUAAAAUCUUAUAAGGUUUAAACUAAUAUAACAUACUGAUUGUUAUUUCCUGUAUAUUGUAAACAAUAUCAUAAGAGCAUAAUUUUAGAAACCCUAAAGUUAAAUGAGCUGUAAUUUCUCAGUUAGAAAAUUAGUUCGUAUUUCAAAGAGUGAAACAAUAAAUCUUUACAAAACUAUUACAAGUUUGUCAUUAUUUCAAGGUGUUUAUACACUCGGGAUUCUAUCAAUAGGUGUACUAGAUACGUAAUUGGAUAUAGCUGAAAAGAAAUUUGCACACAUUUAAAUUUAACAAUGCUGUGGAAAUAUUUGAUUAACACUAUGCCCAAAGUCUCAGUGUACCUUCCAGUUAUAAAUUCCACAAGUUUUUCUCCCUUAUAAGAAAGUAAUAUGCCAACACGCUAAAUUUCUUCUAGGCUCAAUUUCCCAUACUCGACAUAUCCAGCCAUGGCAAUAAAAUUUACGGGUGAUCAUGCAAUGAACAAUAAUUAGGUUUAAGGACUAAUCGCAGUCUGUUUUAACUAACUCUAGCAAAAAUCUAAAUUCUACCCAGGUAAAAAAAAUGUUAAUACAGAAGUCAUAAGAAAAUUAAUGACAAAAAUGUUUUAAACAAUAAAAAUCCAACUUGUCUGGUUCGUGAAAUGUCCUAUAGAAUUUAAAUAUUAUUUAAAACACACACUGGGCUUAAUUAAGUGUCAAUGAGUUAAUGGUUCUUAACUGUCAAUAGUUCUCUCAGGAACUUCAAUUGUCCUAUAUGGCGAUCUUGGGACACAGUCAUUGAGGUGUGGGUGACCGGGACGGGUCACGGGACAUCGGCAGCUCACUGGACAGAACGUAGGCGAAUCGCCGACACUGGACAGUUCGUGUGUAACUCGCCAAUACAGGAUCGAACAUAGGAAGCUUGAUGCGAGACGGGACGUUGGUGGCUCGUUGAAGCAGGACAGGGCGUUGUUCAACUGGGUGACCGGACAGGCCACAGGACUUCACAGCUCACUGGAUACGAAGUUGGUAGCUCACUACCAAAGGAACGUAGAUAACUCGAUACAGGAAAUGCGUAGUUAAUUCACUGGAACUCAACACGAAGUGGGUAGCUGACUACCGACAGGACGUAGAUAACUCGAUGCAGCGACGGGAGUAGUUAUUUCACUGGAACUGGACACGACGUUGGAGACUUGAAUGAACGGACAGAGCGUAGUUAUUUCACUGGAACUGGACAGGACGUUGGCAACUUGAUAACGGGCAGGGCGUUGUUAUUUCACUAGAACUGGACAGGACGUUGGCAACUUGAUAACGGGCAGGACGUAGUUAUUUCACUGGAACUGGACAGGACGUUGGCAACUUGAUAACGGGCAGGGCGUAGUUAGCCUGUUGCAGGUUAGGACAUAACUAGCCUAAUACAGGACGUAGGUGGUUGAUGGAGUUACUGGCGUAUGCAACACAUAUAAACUUGACACACGGUGGCAGCGGGGCUCCGACAUUGAAAUACGGCAACAUGCGACGAUGGUUGUAACUUCACUAAAGUUGAAUGAUAAGAAUGUUCUUGUACUUUACCUCAAGUAUGAAAAUAACGAGGUUCACCAAUCCCGGAUGAGAAGCCCCCAUGUCAACUCCUAUACGUCUUCUUGGAUUGAUUACAUUCGUCAGUUCUUUCAUACGUUGAAGCGUCGUACUAUUCUCACUAUCAAUUAACAAACUCAACUCCUUUUCAUAAUAACUAUAACUUUAAUAUCUAAGUAAAUAUAAUAAACAUCCUAUCACUCCAAGGUUCCACUCAAGACUGCCGCACGACUACAACAUACGUCACAACACUGCAUAGACAAUACGUCACGAAUCCGCAUAAAAAUACGUCAUAGAGACAAUGGCGGGAAGAGCGUUCACUAACUAUAAUAGUCAAGCGCGGGAAAAGCGUUCAACAACUAAUGAACAUAAUAUUGAGUCGCAACAAUUACUAAUGAACGCUCAUACUCGACACAUUGUAUGAAGGGGAUCGUAGAUGUCCCAGCAUGUAUGGCAUCAGUGCCAAUUUAAAUUAAACAAAUCUAUUGAGACUCUUUACCAUUUCUUUGUUUAACUGGUUAAGACGAUUGAAAUUUGUCCAGUACUUUAGUGUUUGUAAUUCCUCAUGGCGUUUUGCAGAAUUGGAGUCUAAAGCUGUAUGCAACGCUUCUAUAGAUGGCAUGUGUCGUGGACCGAAUCUUCAGUGCCUUCCAGAUGUCCACGUAACACCAAGGUGUCUCUGUAAAGAAGACAUGUAUGAAUAUCUUGGAAGUUGCCUCUUACGUGCGUACACAAAUAUGAUGCGUGUUUACAUAUUUUUAAAAGUACUUUAUCUGAACAUUAUUAUUUUAUCGUUAUUAAACUUUAAACAAAUGCACACGAUUUAUUUUGUAUACACCCUUAACGUCAAAUGUUAGCCCGUUCAAUUCACAUCAGCGUUACACCCCCGCACACCAUUUGGCUCUUGUAUCAUUUUCAAUUGUAUUUUGCUCAUCCAGGAAAUCAAGGGAAUGAUGAUAUAUAGAAAUGUUUUGUUAAAAUGAUGGUUGUGUACAUAUUAAAAUCAGUUAAGUGAAUAUAAGUAAAAAAAAUUGAUAAUUUCUGAUAUAAAGAGGUUUUAGGGAGUAUUUAACUUUAAUUUAUUAAUUAUACUAAAACUAAGAUUAUAUAAAAUAAUGCAUAGAAAUAAUAAAAUUUGCAAAUUAAGUAUCAUUCUCAAUAAUUUAUAGUUCAAGAAAUUAAGGUCUCUUGGCCUACUGCUGGGAGGCGAACAACUGACACAAUAGAGCUGAGGUGGACACCAAACAGAAAUGGCGCCAUUGUUACUUACCAGUCCAUCGCUACACCUCUCGGCAGCCCCCAGGACGUCAGACGUUAUGAUGCCAGGAACUACGGUAUCAAUGUCACGGGCCUUCAACCUGGACUGGAGUAUAACAUUACCAUUUUAACCAUAACAUCACCGGACAAUUUUUACAGCCCCAGAAGUGUUGGUUUAGAAUUUGUGACGGAGACAGGUAUGUAUUUCCAAACUUUUACUUUAUUAUACUAAACUUUAAAUAAAUUUAUAAAUGAAUAUAUAAAUAUAUAUAUAUAUGUAUGUAUAUGACAUCCUUCGUCUUCACGAGACGAUAGAGUUGCUAUGUAGUCAGUCAGAAAACUGAGUUUGGCGCAUAUUAAAAACUAAAAAAGGUACACAAAUAAUCACGAAUCAUAUGGACCUCAAAAGAAAAAAAAAUCUUUGUACAUUAUUUAUUAUAGUGUGGAGUUCGCAGGACGAAUUCCAAAAGGACAUGGAUUAUAUAAUCUGUUGCCUAUCCUAGUGUCUCAUUUUUAUUUUACUUAGUUUACACGUUUUUAAUAAUUGUAAAGUGCUUAGAGCUUUAAGGUAAGCGAUAUAUACAAAUGCCUAAAUAAAUAAAUCGCCUCUCUCCACGUCCCUGGAUGAGCCCAAUGGAACAUCAUGUGGAUGAUAAAGCUUGGCACCCAUUGAGAGUUUUAUACUCUUACAUGAGUUACCAUCAAGGGUUGACGAGUCUCAUUCUGGGAGGCUGUUUUUAUGUUUUUUUUUUGUUUUUUUUUUUUUUUUUUUUGUUUUUUUUUUUGAUUUACUGGGUCUUGGUGAAGAUUGAACUCCAAACUAACAGCUUGAGAUUUCUCAGUUUAGACUCAUUUAUUAUCAUAUUUCUUAAAAAAUUAAUUAAUUAGUGAUGACUACUCAAAACUAAAGAAAAAAAAAACUCCUUUAAAUAGCAGUAGAGAUAUAUACAUCUUUAAAUACCAAAAGGGAUUCAUUUUUACCUAAAACCCUUAACUUGUUUAACUGUGAUUAGUUAGCAUUCCUUUUUUGCAAAUUAUAUUGAUACAAUUAAUAAUGACAUAAAUUGAAUUCUGCAACUGCAUAAAUCGAUUUAAUUUUAUAUAAUAUCAUCGGUCUCUAAGUAUUCAUAAAAACAAUUCAUGGGAGUCACAGAGGCAUAUUUCUUUUUUUAUGCAGUCAAAUCAUUUUUGUAGUAAUAGUAUUUUAAAAGUGUUAAGCUAUUAUUAACAACAAAAGUUUAUAUGUGGUCAAUUGUUUCAAAGUUUCGUGAAAUCAGUUAGCUUAUUUUUCAAAUUCUAGAGAUUCCCCCCCCCCCCAUACAUAGACUAAAUCUACAAUAUGGAUCUUAUAAAGUUAAAAAAAAAUAAACACACAUUCCAUUUGUAUUUGUUUUCCACAGCUCCACCAGUACCUCGUCAAAUCGAUGUUAAUUUUUUCAAAGUUUUCUGAAAUCAGUUAUCUUAUUUUUUAAAAUCUAGAGGAUCCCCCCCCCCCCAUACAUAGACUAAAUCUACAAUAUGGAUCUUAUAAAGUUAAAAAAAAAUAAACACACAUUCCAUUUGUAUUUGUUUUCCACAGCUCCACCAGUACCUCGUCAAAUCGAUGCAUCUACAAGUUUCCUCUCUCGUCCACCCUACAGACUGAGUUUCCAAAAACCUUCGGGAUAUGUCUAUAAAUAUAAAGUAGUCCUUUCGGACGGGGAGUUCACAUCAACUUAUCAAGUUAAUGCCUCAGAGUUAACACUGACUGACCUCAAAUCAGGCACUUUGUAUUUUUACUCUAUCACUGCCUACAACAAGGAAGGUGACUACAGCGAGGCCGUCGUUGGCAGUUUUAAAACAGAGUCACAGGAUGGUGGGUGACUUUAUUAAUGUAUCAUAUAUAUACUUUUAUUUUUAACACACAGUGAAAUGUAUCGGAAGGGAAGACAACCAUUUUUUUUUCAACUAGAUCUCGCCCUAAAUUCUAGAUUAGCUGUAGGCCUUGUCAAUGAACAAAACUAUUUUAGAUAAAGUUAGUGUGUCUUUUUUUAAAAGUUUUCUUUUGGGCUCCACCUGAUGGAACUAAUUUUAAACAAUGAUACAUGUUCCAUUAAGUAGGUUAUUAAAGUGCAGAGCACAAAAUAAAGUUAAUUGAAUGCUGAAAUAGCGAAAGACAGUCCAAUUCGCUCAAAAACUUUUAUGGAAGACACGUUAUGUAUUAUUUAUGAUCCAAGCAAGAGAUAUUACAUGAAAGAAAUGAGCUCUGUAGAAGAGUGUACUCGAAAAUCGUCUUUGGUGUCUUUUUAAUAAAGUUGUCACUAUCAGCAAUACCAAAAAUUUUAAGUGGAGCGGGCCACAUUACCCAUUGAACCGGUGACCGGCACCAGAUUCAUUCUUAUUUUUUUUAAAAUUUUAACUUAAAUGUCAUUACUUUUUUUAAUCAAUAAUCAGACAAUUCGUGGGGAUCCAAUCAACUAAUUAGACUAUUACCAUUUAAAAUUAAUGCCACAAGAAAGAUUUUUAAAAAAAUAAAGGUGAUUUUGGUAAGUGUUUUGAAAAGGCCCUACAUUAACUUGUUCGCUGGUAGGAUUUAUAAUUUUUCCAAAUACAAAUUGGCUAGCUGCUUAUAAAAUAAAGAUUUCUAGACUAUUUCCACCUUACUAAAAUAUUAUAUGACUUUUAACAUCGACGAUUCUCUCCAGAUGAAGAUCAACUUGCAGUUAUCAUUGGUGCUUCAGUUGCCAGUGUCAUUGUGAUUAUUUUAAUCACUUUGGCUGUUGUGGUAAUCCGAAGAAGAAGGAAGGGCGCUGGAAAACCUACUGCGAGCAGGUAAGCCCUACCUUUCUCAAAGCAAUUUUUAAAAAAUCUGAAGUAUUUCACUAUUCCUCGAAAGGGCUUUAGCUAGGCAUUAAAAUGCAUCUUGUAACAUGGAAACCCUGGUGAACGUGGCGGUGUGGGGCCUCUGCCAUAAUAAUACUCUUUGUAUUAUGGUGCCCCUGGCUUUAUGGUUACAUUGAAAGCAUAACAAAAUCAUUUAUGACAUGCACCUUGGCCUUUGUCUUUUUACCUUUUCAAGAUGCAACAAUGGGUUAAAGCGCAUUUUUUUAACAAACUUUUAAAUCCAAAAAUAUUUUUGAAUAUGCUUCUUUUAUUUAGAGCUUGAUAGAUCAGUAUCUUAUAAUGAAAAACCUUUAUUUGAAAAUUUAAAAAAGUUAACAAUGUCAAAUUUCCUGUGUUAGCAAAACAAGGUUAAAUAAGAAAGCGAUAUUGAGAAUUAGAUCAAUACUUUUAUAGAAUGUUAUUUUUGGAGAUAGUAAGUAGAGCAUUGUGCUACCUUCUCUGUUAAUUUAGCAAUGUUGAGAUGAAAACUACUCCCAACGUGGAGCGUGUACCACUGGCUCGUCAAAAUUCCUACAAGAAUGUGCCCAAAGCCAUUGCGCCGGUACCACCCAAGAAACCUUUCAUCCUAGAAGGUAAAGAGUUAAGUUCAGCAAGAAUAUUUUUAUGUGCAGUACAUGCAUGCUAAAAUAACUCUGUGUCUGUGUGGGGAGGUGGGGGAUUAAAUAGUAAAUCACUUCUAUAAAGAUUUUGCCAUUGUAAGUCUGUGAGCAGAAGGGGAAAAAAUUCAUUUUUGGAAAAUCAGUUUGCUUAUGUUAAGGACAGUAAAAGAACAUGAAAAUAAGGAUGUACAUAACUGAAAUUUUAAUAGGUUAUUAUUAACCUAUUGGGGUUUGGCUUGUCAAUGGUAAAUUGGAUAACUGGAACUGUUAUCCUGGGAUACAAAUAAAUGUAUCGUUGAGAACAUUAAUGAAUACAGAUGGUAAUAUUUAAUGUUCAUUACCUUUUCUUAAAAGAAUGGCUCAAUACGCCUCAUCAUCUACAACGUUUUGCCUAGCAUUGAAUUUCGUCUUAAUGUGUCGUUAACGCAUUUACAAAGCUGAUUUUAUUUAAAGUCAGUAUAACCCAACAACUCAAACAGCUAAUGCCAAACAAUUCACCAGCUCAACCCAACAGUUCAGCAGCUAAGCCUAGACAAAUCAAGAGCUAAAUACACACAACUCAACAGCUAAGCUGAACAACUUAACAUCUAAAAACACUCAACUCGUUAGCUAAAUCCACCCAACUCAAGAGCUGAAUCCACACAACUCAUCAGCUAAGCUAACGCAACUCAAGUGUUUAUUCCAUACAACUCAAUCACCUAAGCUAACGCAACUCAAGAGCUAAAUCUACACAACGCAACAACUAACGCCAAAAAACUUAUUUCUGUAAUUAGGAAAACAGUGAUCGAGUUAUUUCGGCUAAAUUUGGUUUAUUAUUAUUAUUUUUUUUUUUGUGAAUAUAAAACAUUAGGUUGUUGCUGAAGACCUUUAACACAGCCAUGCAUCAAUAACUAAUUUUUUAGCCUACAAAUAUGCUAAAAUAAUUCGUGUGUAUUAUUCCAUGUCUUUAUUGUAACCAAGUAUUGUGCGCAUCUUCAACGAAGGCAGUAAUUAUGCUCUUUUCUAAAAUGAAUGUUUGAAUUCUUUCUUUUCGAAAGACAACCACGUUUACGAAGUAUAUGGUUCACUUCAAAAUAAACUAGCGACCUUAGACAAGACCGAAUCGUCCACUGAUGAUUGCAAUUCUGCGGCGAAAAGUGACACGUCGGAAUAUAGCAACGGGGCGUUUGCUGGUGACGAAACAGAAAGUUCGGCUGCCAUCAAGGAUGAUGAAAAUGUUUAUCAAAAUAUAAAACUCGGUGUUAAAUCAGUUAAAAAAUAAAAUAACGCUCCCCUCUAUAUGAAACACAAAUUAAAAAGAUAAGUUAAUGUUGUUUGUUUUUAAAUGAAAAAAUAUGUAUUUUAUUAAUUUUUUUUUAAGGUACGGUGACCAGAUUUUUCAAGGCUUAACCUGUUAACCUGGGUCUUUGAGACUGGGCGCAAACUUGCACCCGUAUUUUUUUAUUUAUUUAUUUAUUUAUUUUUUUUUGGGGGG